AUGAAACCCGGCGACAAAAAACCAGGGUGGAACUCCAGAGACGAGAUGAUUCUCCUCACAAGAUCGCGAGCAGCCUGUUACAGCGCGAUCACAACUUUAUCGUGCCAAUCCAGACAGCUAUCAGCAAAGAUUGAGGAACUUUACAACAAGGUUCAACAGCCGCCUGACCUGGUAUUCUUGAUGGAUGAAGAUGCGAGUGACGUAGUGCAAUUGAUGAAACUGAAGGAGGAAAAGAGCGAGAUUAGUAUUAAACUUCGGAAAGCUUACCAAGAACUGGGUUCGAUCGAGAAAAGACUUAGUGAGCUAGUGCAAGACAUGGUCCAACCCGGGGAGUCUGGUUGUUAG